AUGGAUCCUUACAGCGAGCAGCAGGUUCUCCUGCAGACCGGCUCCUUCACGGGUUUCCGCCCGCUGCAGAAGCUCGGGAGCAAUUACUUUUCCAUCUCGGGCUUCCGCCAACCGCUCUGUGGCAACGAGGAGGGUUGGGGCCCAAUUAGCAAAUACAGAUAUGACUUUACUCCAUGCUUCAUCGAUGUCUGGGUAGCUACUGUCUCAGUCUACGCCCUCCUCCUAGGUCCUAUCGCCAUCUGGUGGCUGUUGAGGAAGAAGAAGAAGCUAGAGGAUGGAACCACCAAGAAUGCUCACUUUUACAUCAAGCAGUCCCUUCUCGCCUUUCUCAUCGCCGACUUCGCUGUUCAGCUCGCUAUUCAGAUCAUUGGCAUGCCCGGCAUUUGGUAUGGAGACUUCCGUGUCCUGACGACUUUUCUUACGAUCCUCUCCAUGUUUGUCAUCUUCUCGAUUCAAUGGAUUGAACAUUUCCGGCUGAGGCACGCCAAUGGUGUCGUCCUUUUCUACUGGCUCCUCCUCAUCAUCUCGCUCACCGUCAAGCUCCGAUCUUUGAUUUCACAGCAAGUCUAUGAAGCGAACCUCCCAUACUUCAUUACAUACAGCAUUGGAUUUGGCUUCACAGUUGCUGAAUUCUUGGUGGAGUGGUUGUGGCCGCGUCAGCAUGUCCCUUCGGGCUAUGAAGCCAUUUCUGAGGAUGAGGAGUGCCCCGUCGAAUACGCCACCGUCUUCUCUCGCCUGACCUUUGCUUGGAUGACACCUAUGAUGCGAUACGGAUACAAGGUCUUCCUUACCGAAAGUGAUCUCUGGGGCCUGGCGAAACCAGACCAGACCAAAACCACGGGUGGAGCCUUUGAGAAGGCAUGGGCUCAUGAAUUGCAUAAUCGCCCGAAGUCUCCGUCUCUUUGGUUGGCUAUGUUCCGUGCCUAUGGCGGUCCCUAUGCCAUUGCUGCUUUCUUCAAAAUCGGCAACGACAUUGCACAAUACAUUCAGCCACAGCUCCUUCGCUUGCUCCUGACAUGGGUCAAGUCUUAUAACCCCGACUAUGGUGUGGUUGCUGAGCCCGUCAUUAAGGGCGCGGCAAUUGCGUUUGCCAUGUUUGCUUGCGCCGUAUUCCAAACUACCAUGGUGCACCAAUACUUUCAAAUGUCUUUUGAAACCGGUAUGCGAAUCAAGGGCGGACUUUCUUCCACCAUCUACAGAAAAUCCCUGAGGCUAUCCAACGAGGGAAGGUCAACCAAGACCACUGGUGAUAUUGUCAAUUAUAUGGCUGUCGAUGCCCAGCGUCUCCAAGAUUUAACGCAAUUUUUACAGCAAGCUUGGUCUGCCCCGUUUCAAAUUAUUAUUUGCAUGGUUUCGCUCUAUAAUCUUGUCGGUUGGUCCAUGAUGGCUGGUAUCGUUGUCAUGAUCGUCAUGAUGCCGGCUCAAGGAUGGGUUGCCAGAAUCAUGAAAAGCUUGCAAAAAGACCAAAUGAAGAACAAAGACGCCAGAAGCAGGCUGAUCAACGAAAUUAUCACCAACAUGAAGAGCAUCAAACUCUACGCCUGGGGAGCUGCCUUUAUGAACAAAUUGAAUUAUGUUCGUAAUGAGCAAGAGCUCAAGAAUCUUCGACGAAUUGGCGCGACACAGGCUUUUGCCAACUUUACCUGGAACACGGCCCCCUUCUUUGUGUCAUGCUCUACUUUCACCGUAUUUGUCCUGACACAAGACCGACCUCUCACAACCGACAUCAUCUUUCCCGCCCUGGCUCUCUUCAAUUUGUUGACCUUCCCGUUGGCAGUCCUGCCCAUGGUCAUCACGUCCAUUGUUGAAGCGUCUGUCGCUAUUGGCCGCUUGACUGACUUCCUGACGGCCGAGGAAUUGCAAUCAGAUUCGGUAACCAUCAAGCCUGCACCCAAAGAAAUGGGCGAAGAAACCGUUCUCAUCCGUGACGGCACGUUCUCCUGGAACCGUCAUGAGACCAAGGACGUUCUAAAGGAUAUCGACUUUACUGCGUACAAGGGUGAACUGUCUUGCAUUGUCGGCCGCGUUGGUGCCGGCAAAUCAUCUUUCUUGCAGAGUAUUCUCGGCGACCUGUGGAAGGUCAAGGGAUCUGCCGAGGUCAGAGGCACUGUGGCAUACGCAUCUCAACAGACUUGGAUCUUGAACGCCACUGUCAAGGAAAACAUCGUUUUUGGGUACAAAUAUGACUCCGAAUUCUAUGAGAAGACAAUCAAGGCUUGUGCACUCUUGGAUGACUUUGCUCAGCUCCCUGAUGGUGAUGAGACUGUUGUCGGAGAGAGAGGCAUUUCGCUUAGCGGUGGACAAAAGGCACGAGUAUCUCUUGCUCGGUCCGUAUAUGCCAGAGCUGACAUCUACCUUUUGGAUGAUGUUUUGUCUGCCGUGGACUCUCACGUUGGGCGCCACAUUAUUGAUAAUGUCCUUGGCCCUCGUGGCUUGCUUUCAACAAAGACCAGAAUUCUGGCAACCAACUCGAUUCCUGUUCUCCGCCAGGCCAGCUUCAUUACUAUGCUCAAGGACGGUGAAAUCGCUGAGAAGGGAACGUACUCUCAGCUCGUUGCUAAGAAGGGACUGGUUGCUGAUUUGCUCAGGACUGCUGGGCAUGACUCGAACAAUGCCUCUGGCAGCUCUAGCCCACCGUCCAGCGAGACGUCGACUAUCAUUGAAGGCGAAUCUAGCACCGGUCACAACAAGGAAGAAGUCGACGAAGCCCUCGAGGACGUCCCAGAGAUGGAGCCAAUCAAAACCGGCCAAGGUGCCAAGAAGAAAGCCCGAUCUGGCAGCAUGGCAACUUUGCGACGUGCUAGCACAGCAAGCUUUAGAGGACCCCGGGGCAAGCUAACCGACGAGGAGCUUGCCGGCGCCUCACGAACCAAGCAAGCAAAAGAAUUCGUAGAGCAAGGCAAGGUCAAGUGGUCCGUAUACGGCGAAUAUGCCAAGGAAAACAAUCUGGCUGCCGUGGCUGUGUACAUGUUUGCCCUGUUGGCGUCACAAUCUGCCAGCAUUGGUGGCUCCGUCUGGCUGAAGCAGUGGUCCGAAGAUAAUGAAAGGAACGGCUCCAACAAAAAUAUCGGCAUGUAUAUCGGUAUCUACUUCGUAUUUGGUAUUGGCUCAUCCCUACUCACUGUUGGUCAAACCCUAAUCCUUUGGAUAUUCUGCUCCAUCGAGGCUUCCCGCAAGCUGCACGAAAGAAUGGCGAAUGCGAUUUUCAGGGCUCCGAUGUCAUUCUUUGACACUACGCCAGCCGGGCGAAUUUUGAACAGAUUCUCCAGCGACAUUUACCGCGUUGACGAAGUGUUGGCACGAGUAUUCAACAUGUUGUUUGUUAAUGCGGCGAGAUCCUGCUUCACCUUGGGCGUCAUUUCUUUCUCCACACCCCCUUUCAUCGCAUUCAUCAUUCCCCUUGCCCUUACAUAUUACUGGAUCCAGCGUUAUUAUCUCCGCACAUCUCGAGAACUCAAACGACUUGACAGUGUCAGCCGCAGUCCCAUUUAUGCUCACUUCCAAGAGUCUCUUGGUGGCAUCACGACUAUUCGGGCUUUCCGCCAGCGAGAGCGAUUUGAGCUGGAGAAUGAGUGGCGCGUUGAUGCCAAUUUGCGCGCCUACUUCCCCUCAAUCAGCGCCAAUCGUUGGCUUGCUGUCCGUCUUGAGUUUAUGGGCGCCGUGGUGAUUCUAGCUGCUGCGGGCCUUGCCAUCAUCGCCGUUUCAAACAACGCUGAUUUGACUGAGGGUACUGUUGGCCUGGCCAUGUCGUAUGCCCUCCAGAUUACGACUUCGCUCAACUGGAUCGUCCGUCAAACAGUUGAAGUUGAGACCAACAUUGUCUCGGUUGAGCGUGUUCUGGAAUAUGCAAGACUCCCCAGCGAAGCACCAGAGAUUAUUCCCGAACGACGCCCCCCUGUUUCUUGGCCUGCCAAGGGUGAGGUGGACUUUAAGAAUUACAGCACCAGGUACCGUGAGGGUCUGGACCUGGUUCUCAAGAACAUCAAUCUGGACAUCAAGUCCCACGAGAAGAUUGGUGUUGUUGGCCGGACAGGAGCUGGCAAGUCGUCAUUGACACUUGCCCUCUUCCGCUUGAUUGAGCCAGCGACCGGCCAUAUUGGCAUAGACGACUUGAACACGUCAAGUAUUGGAUUACUAGACCUUCGACGUAGACUUGCCAUUAUUCCUCAAGAUGCUGCUUUAUUCGAGGGCACAGUUCGUGAUAAUCUUGAUCCAGGCCAUGUUCACGAUGACACGGAACUCUGGAGUGUCCUGGAUCACGCUCGUCUCAAGGAUCAGGUUUCAAGCAUGGAUGGUGGCCUCGAGGCAAAGAUUAACGAAGGAGGAUCAAACCUCUCCCAAGGCCAACGCCAACUCGUCUCUCUUGCCCGCGCCAUGCUCACACCAUCCAACAUCCUCGUUCUUGAUGAAGCCACCGCCGCUGUUGACGUCGAAACCGACGCCAUGCUGCAAGCUACCCUUCGUUCACCCCUGUUCUCCAACCGCACCAUCAUCACCGUUGCCCACCGUCUCAACACCAUCUUGGACAGCGACCGCGUCGUGGUGCUUGAUAAGGGCGAGGUGGUGGAGUUUGAUACGCCGGGUGAACUGUUUAAGAAGCAGGGUGUGUUUUACGGCCUGAUGAAGCAGGCAGGUUUGGAAAUUGAGUAA